AUGGACUCCAACAGUGCCAUAUUCGAGUUCGUCCCAGCCGCCCACGCCGUCUCCGACUGGCGCUUCCGGCCUCUCAAAAGCGGCACAACAUCUGACGAAGAGAGCGGCGGCGGCGGGUUCGGCAGGGCGCGCAACCACCCGCCAUACAUUGACCAGCACGAGCGCAAGAGGCGCAAGCUGAACGCGCAGCCGGGCGCCAUCCUCCGCAUCGUCACCACGCUCGAGCGGUCCGCGGGGCCCGAGUACGAGGUCAAGCCGUCGCCGCCGCACCUGCCGGGGUCCUCCUUCUUCCGCGUGCCGCUGACGGACCGCGGUGUCGGCGAGUGCGUCGCGGCGCGGAUCGCCCUCGAGGCGGCGCGGCAGAGGGAACGACAACAACAACAACAACAACAGCAGCAACAGCAGCAGCAGCAGCAGAGAAAAACGGUCGCAAUAUUCUCGUCCCCGCUCGAGCGCGCCAUCCAGACGGCCAUCCUGGCCACGCCGUUCGAGGGCCUGCGGCGGUGCGGCUUCGCCAUCACGCUGCUGCCGCAGCUGCAGGAGUGCGUGCGCCGCCCGUGCGACGUCGUCACCAGCCGGCGCAUCAUACGGGAGCAGGCCGAGAUCGCGAGCCGCCUGCACGCCGCGAUCCUGGCGUCCGAGGGACGGCACGCCGACGCGGACGAGCUGCGGGCCGCGGGGGGCGUCACCAUAGACUUUGGCUGCAUGGGGUGGCGCUACGAGCGCGAGCACGGCAGGGGCGCCGGCACGGCCGACGGGGCGAGCUUCGGCGGCCGCGCGCGCAGGCCGUGCGAGGUGGUGGUCGAGACGGCCGACAUGGUGCUCAACCGCGCCUGGGCGCUGCGGCGGUUCCUGGCCACAGGGGGAUACGAGGGGGCCAAUGACGGGUCUGCUGCAAGGGUGUUGCUGUACACCCACGCCGCCAUGAUCCCGCUGCUGACGGGGCUCGACAGCCCAGCCCCGGGGUGCCUAGCGCCGCUAGAGAUGGCGAUGGAUCGGGAGAGCGGCGCCAAGACGGGCAAGUCACCGAGUCGGUCGGCAUCCGCCCCGCGGCGCUGGCGGCGACGGGGUCGGCGGCGACCAAGCGCAUGGCGUCGGCGGACGCGCGCGGGGCGGAGCUUGCGCGGGCGGCGCCGCGGCGCGAGGCCAUCGUGCUGA